UUUGUUCCACGACUCUGUGGUUGGGACAUGUGACAAAGCACACAUCAGAACAAGAGCUCAGGGAGCAUAUAGAAAAAUAUGGCACUAUCAGAACUAUAAACAUGAUUCCACCUAGAGGAUGUGCAUUUGUGUGUCUUACCAAAAGAAAGGAUGCCUUCAAGGCAUUGGACAGGCUCAAGGGCAUCAAGAUCAAUGGGAACUCUCUCAAGGUUGCUUGGGCUCCAGGUAUUGGUGUCAAAGAGUCUGUGUUCAAAGAUUUGUGGGAUGUUGAGCUGGGGGUCACAUACAUCCCAUGGGAGCAGCUACCAGCUGAAGUAACUCCUCUCGUCGCUGGUGGGAUGGUAGAUGAGGACUCUUUACCCGAGCGACUGAAAGGAAUGAAUACUGGGGAGGAGGACAUAGAGGAACCUCCGCCUGCAGAAAAUCCCAGCACAGACAAUGCUGACACAUCACAUGAUGAGGACAUGAUGACACCAUAUCAACCACAGCAGAUGUCAUUUGGCCCGCCAGGUCAACCAUCCAACUUCACAUUGCCAGGAGGUCCUUUAGGUGCUCUAGGCCAAGGACUGUUGAACCUGCUAGCAGCAAGUGGGCCGCUGGGUUUACUGGGGGCCCCACCUCCAAUGGGCCUGCAAGCAGCUUUAGGUGGUGGCCUUGCACUAGGGGGCCCCGGCAUGCGGUUACCAAACAACAUGGGUGGCAUGAACAACAUGGGAGGUCUUGGCAACAUGGGAGGAGGCCUGCCAGGUUUGUCUGGUCCCGGGCCUCACCUGCCUGGCAUGAGGCCGGGACAGAUAAAUAUGGGUUUUCAGGGUCCAAUGAUGGGACAAGGCAAUCGCAUGGCCAGUCCCAUGGGAGGACCAAGUCCUGGCAUCGAUAUUCGACCACACCAUGCAGGCAUGAACUCUCCAGGACCCAGAGGACCAUUUGGGCAAUUUGAUCUGCCUAGAUUUCAGCACCUGCAGAACCAAGGAGGGAUGCGGCCACCGUUCUUCAACAGUAACCGGGCUGAUAGUGACCAGCCUUCCAUGGAAGAUAGCGAGAAAAGAGCCAUGGCUGAGCCCAAAGAAUGGCCUCCAGAUGAUGAGGUCAACGCAGAGGAUGAACAAGAUGAGGACCCUCCUAUAGAUUCUGAUGAGCGGAUGUUCCCCCCUCGAGGAUCUCACAGCAUGGGAAGGCCAAACUUACCUGGCAUGAGGCCGUUUAGCAAUCUGUUGAGUCCUCGGGGAAUGUUGCCAGGUCAAGGACACCCAAAUGCCAUGAUGGGCAUGCCCAGGGCUCAGAGCCCCAAUCCUGGAAUGCCCUCACUGAGACCUCUGCGGAUGAUGCCCCCUGGCCAGCAGCAACCAGCCCACCCCAUGCAAGGUGGGCCUGGGCAUAAUUUUUCCCUGGCGCAGGGUGGAAUGAGAUUGCCUUUGCCUGGUCUUCGAAUAAGACCAGGAGGUAUGAUACCAGCCCCCUCGUCUCCUCAUCUACUCCCGCCGUCAUCCGGGGCAUCAGUAUCUGUAUCGGCUAAUGGCCCCAUGAUUGUUACUAGUCCAGAACCACCGGUGUCAGACAUGCCACCAUUAAAUGAGAGAGAUAGAGACAGAAACAGCCCCGACUUACCCUUGCCUGGUCCGGACUUGCUUCCGCACCCAGAUGAUGACUUGCUGCGGCUGCACCCUCCAGGCUUUAUGUCACUGAGGCCGAUGCAGGGAGGCAAUCGUCCGCCUUUUCACCCCUUUCAUGGUCCCGGUUUUCCUCCUAUGAACUUCAGACUUAGAGGUGGCGACGGGUUAUUGGGGGCACGGCCUGAUGGACAAGGUGGUGGGUUUGAUAGGUUCAGGGGUCCACACCCUUUGAGGCCUUUUGGUAGAAUGGAUGGGCCUCCGUUUGGCAGGAGGUUUGAUCUACCUUUUCGUCCACCUGUGGGCUUUUUGGACUUUGAUGAAAUGGACGACAGGGCUGAAUGCAGGCCGUUCCCCAGGUUUGAUCUUGACAACCAUUCAAGGCUACAUGAUCUUGAUGACCGCAGCUUGCCACGUUACAUUGAUGAAAGGAGAAGAAGUCAUGAGAUGAGGGGCGGUCAUCCAGACCUAGAGAUGAGGGGUGGUCAUCCAGACCUGGAGAUGAGGGGUCAUCAUCCAGACCUAGAGAUGAGGGGCAUUCAUCUUGACUUUGAGAUGAGAGGUCGUCAUCCAGACCUAGAGAUGAGGGGUCGUCAUCCAGACCUAGAGAUGAGGGGUCGUCAUCCUGAUAUGGAGAUAAGGGAUCGUCAUCCCGACCUAGAGAUGAGGGGUCGUCAUGCAGACCUAGAGAUGAGAGGUGGUAAUUCAGAUAUAGAGAUGAGAGGUGGUAAUUCAGACAUGGAGAUGAGAGGUGGUCAUUCAGACAUGGAGAUGAGAGGUGGUAAUUCAGACAUAGAGAUGAGGGGUGGUCAUUCAGACAUAGAGAUGAGGGGUGGCCAUCCAGGCCUGGAAAUGAGGAGUGAGCCUCAAGACCUGGAAAUGAGGGGUGGACCUCCAGAUCCGGACAGCCUAGAAGAUAAUGCUCAGAGGUCCAGAAGGAGAGAUGGGUCAGGUCGUGUCAGCAGGUGGCAUGAGGAAACAUCCCAACCUGAGCCCGCUGCAGACAGUAGCCCUGCUGAAAAUAAGGCAGUCCCCACUGAGUCACCGCCACCUGCAGAGGAGAAAGAAACAUCUGCUCCUCUGGAGUCCAAUCCUGCUGCUUCUCCGGUAGAGACUGAAGCUGUUGCUGGCAAAGAUACAGAAGCUGCGAUACCCAAUCCGGAAGUUGAUACUCCUGUCGAAACGACGGAAGAUAAGACUGUCAAAGAAGGAGAGAAUCUUACUGAAGUGAACAGUCCGACCACAGAAACUACCAGUUCAUGA